CAAGAUGGCGGAUAGUAACCGUUGCUAAGGUAUUGGUCACGUGGGUGAAACCCAAGGAUAGACGGCAUUCAAAGACCAAUGAAAGCCGACUAUAACCGCAGCAAAUAAGUACGGAUAUCAAAGAACCUUUCUACCGGAAAACAUUUGAAAUUGCCCAUAUUCCCGGAGAGAAAUUCAAACGAGAGUUGUGGAAAGUGUAAACAAAGCACCCUUUAGGGCCAAAUCAGCACACGGAAGACCACAGUGACGCAUGCGCACACGAAAUGCCCUCGACCCGUCGACUUAAUUUGCAUAUUCGGCUGCGCUGUAGUCAAUAACCUCUUCAGUUAGCUUCUUGGCAACGGAAAACAAUGAUCAGAAAACGGGUAAAAAAGACUUUGUGGAUUUUAGUCCUUUUGCUGACAGCUUGUGUAUCUUUUCAGCUAGGUUUUAUAUGGAACACGGGUUCUUUCUUGCCAGACAUCGUUCGUGAAGAAGCAGCUGAAGAAUUAGAUGACGGUAGACAUUUGCAGCUGAAAAUUGAUCCUUCAAACUCUAAUGCAAAACCCUCAAGCUCCACAACAACUCCUACUUCUCAAAUGUGUCACAAAACAUUUCUUAUAACCAGGAGAUCUUGUAUGCAACAUUACGAUCUUCUAAUAAUUAUCUCAUCUGCUCCCGGUGAUCACAAAAGAAGGAAUAACAUUCGCAAGACAUGGGCUUUCGAAAGAGCCUUCAGACCACGAUGGACAACAGUUUUUCUGGUCGCUCAAACACGGGAAGAAGGAGUGUCAAACUUGUUGCUAGAGGAAGAUGAAACUCAUAAAGACCUUGUGCGUGCAAACUAUUACGACCACUACUGGAAUCAAACCCGAAAGAUACAAAUGGGCUUCGAAUGGGCCGUAAGGUAUUGCAAUUUCUCGUUUCUUUUGAAGAUAGAUGACGACGUGUUUGUGGAUAUUCCAAGAGUCCUCUUCUUCUUAAGAGCGACCACCACGCCGAAGAAAAAGCUUUACGCUGGCUGUCAUUAUGCGAACAUGGGCCCUCAUAGGAAAGGUAAAUGGAUGGUUACUUACGAGGAAUAUAACGAGACGAGAUAUCCGGAUUUUUGUCCUGGCUUUGGAUAUAUUUUAUCGCACGAUGUUGUAACUGCUUUUGUUGACACGUUCUCUUAUUUGCCGUUCUUUCGACUGGACGAUGUUUACGUUGGCAUGCUAGCGAGUAAGAACGGGAUAAGUAUUACAAAUCAUAAAGGUUUUGAAGUGAGGCAUCCACGUGGAUCUGUUUGUGUUCCAACAAAGAAUACUUUAGUAAGACAUGAUGUUGGAGAAGAGUGCCAACUGAAGAUGUUUAAUUCACCCACUUCCCAUGGGUAGUUCAAUGGCGUGGUUAAUACAUACGGUUUUAUCCGUUACCUGUUUUAGCGUAGCUUAUUUAGAGCUUUUUAAUUUUGAAUGUGUCUAUCUUUAAAAGACAAAUGUUAAAAUUAGGGUACUGAAUGUCACAAUAUUUACUCAAAAUGAGAUUGAGUGUCAGAGCAAGUCAUAUAUCUGUCGAUAUUAGCAGCAGAUACCGAGGGACGUCUGUCGCAGUUUGCGUUAGAGCAUCUCAAGCGUGUCGCUGAUUUUGAUGCUGCUCGCGUUCUCUUCGAAUGAAUCUCUCUCCAACUUAUGCUAUUUGGGUUUAAGGGUAUUUGAUGCUACAAUAUUUUACCGGUAUAAGUUAUCCUGAGUGCAGCUAUUCAGAGCAUUUCUUUUAUCAAAUUUUGGAUGAACACGCGCCUGUGAAACUUUUCGCAUAAAGGGGAAGCCAAACCCUUAUAUUACAGACGAAAUCCACGAGCUUAUGGCUACUAGAGAUAACUGGAAACGUGAAUUCAAGCGAACAAAAGAUCCUCUUGCUUGGUGCGCAUACAAAAAAUUCCCGCCGCAAAGUUACGAGAGAAAUCCGAAUGGCGCAAAAGGAGUUCGUUUCACAGCAAAUUCAAGACAACAAGAAUAAUAGUAACACCAUGUGGAAGGCAAUUCGUAGUUGUAUUCCAAAAAAAUCUCAAUCAAAGACGACUUUUUCAAAGGACAGUGAAGUUGUUGCUAAUGAAUUUAAUAAUUUUUUGGCAUCCGUGGGCAAGGACACAGCCGAGAAAGUCAAUUCAAUGGCAGAGCAAUUCAAGCAUGACAUUAAUGACAAUAGCAACGUCUUUGUCCCUAAAGAAUAUCCGGCGUUAGAACAAUUUUCAUUUAAUGAUAGUGUGAGUUGUGAUCAAGUGGAACUUGUUAUUUCCUCUAUGUCAUCAAAUAAAGCUCCUGGAAUCGACAAAAUUCCGAUGUAUGUUACCAAAGAUUGCCUACCAUCCAUAUUGCCAUCAGCGUCACUUCAAUUGUUAAUGCCACAUUCAAAUCAUCUCAGUUUGCCAUCGACUGGAAAAAGCUGAAGUUGUUCCUAUUUUAAAGGACGGUGACCCAGAAAUUCCAAGUUAUAAUCGGCCUAUCUCGCUUUUGCCAAUAGUAUCUAAAGUUUGCGAGAGGGCCACCCAUGACCAACUCACUUCAUAUUUGUCGAUUAAUCAACGACUGAGCUCUAAAAAAAUGGGUAAUACGAAAUGGAUCUCAACUGAAACUUCUGUUAUCCUUACAACUGAUUCCAUAUUGGAAUGUAUUGACAAAAAGAAACUUUCUGCAAUUGUUCUACUCGAUUUCAGUAAAGCCUUUGAUUCCAUCAACCACAAUGUUCUUAUGGCAAAGCUACAGGACGUUGGGCUUUCGGCCCAAGCCAUUAAGUGGUUCAACAGCUAUCUGUCUCCUCGAUACCAAACCGUUAGGAUUGACUCUGCCUACUCUGACUUCCUACCACUGUCCUGCGGUGUGCCCCAGGGGAGUAGUCUGGGUCCACUUCUCUUCAAUAUCUAUAUUAACGACCUUCCAAGUAUUGCCACAUCUUGUAGCACUCAAUGCUAUGUGGAUGAUACUAAACUACUCUUGACGUUCAGCCUUGACAAUAAAGAAAAUGCCAUCUGCAAGCUUAAUGAUGACCUAAGUAAAAUAUCUAACUGGACAUUUGUGAACUUUUCUUUUA